AGAGAGAGAGAGAGGUGAGGGCUAAUUCCAUCCUUCUUCUAAUCUCUUCACUCCCCUCCUCCACGCUCAACGAUUCAUCAACACCUGCUGACCAAAAGCUCAACACAGACCACAGGAUCAUAUAGUUACACCCAUAUACACAGAUUUAUACUUUAAAACACACAAGCGAGAUACUGUAAUUAAGUAGCAGCACUUUUAAAGCACUUCUGGACUCAGCACACUUUUGUACCGGAACCACUCUGGCCUGUGGAGUAAUGCAGAGAAUGUAGAGGCAUCUGGGACAGAAGGCAAUAUGGGAGAAGCUCAAAAGGGCUUGCUCUCUAUUAUUGAGAAGCUGAAGGGUUCAUCAGAGCAGGAAGUGAGGAUACUUCUGUUAGGGCUGGACAACGCAGGGAAGACCACCAUCCUAAAGAGCCUGGCCUCAGAGGACGUCAGCACUAUCACACCUACACAGGGAUUUAACAUAAAGAGCGUGGCUUCUCAUGGGAUGAAGCUGAAUGUGUGGGAUAUCGGAGGACAGAGGAAGAUCAGGCCUUUCUGGAAGAAAUAUUUAGAGAAUACAGAUUUACUGAUUUAUGUAAUAGACAGCGCAGAUAAGAAGCGGUUUGAGGAAACAGGAAUGGAGCUGUCUGAGCUGAUAGACGAGGAGAACCUGAAGGGUGUGCCUGUGCUGAUCUUCGCCAAUAAGCAGGAUUUGGCCACGGCGUCUCCGGCCAGUGAGAUAGCAGAAGGACUGAACCUGCACACCUACAGAGACCGAGUGUGGCAGAUACAGGCCUGUUCAGCUGUGAGCGGAGAGGGAGUUCAGGAUGGCAUGAACUGGAUUUGCAGCAACAUCGUGAACAGGAAGAAGUGAAGCUGCCUGAUUUUUACACCAUCAAAUGAACAGCAAGCGCCAGAUCCAGCCCAGAUCAAUGAGACGUGCAUGACCACGUCCAGCCAGGACACCGUUAUUGACACCGUCUGCAUGUAGCUCUUCACUAAUAAUGUGUACAAAUGAGUUUUGACUGAUUGGGUUUUAAAGCCACUUUCAAGAACGUCUGAUACGUUAAUACAAACUAAUAUUCCCUAACAGGGAAUAAUCAAGUCAUAAGUCCUAUAUAAGUCAUAAACCGAGCAUUUGGACAAUGAACUCCCCUGUGUGUCUGCCAGUGCAGAGUGUGGAUGAAAUGGGAUGAGCAUGGCUUCAGUUUAAAACUCUAGCUAGUAACAUAAAGAACAGGAAUUUAAGUUUUAACUCUGUUAGAUCUGUUGUCUGUGUCAGUUAGUUAAUAAUUAUAUAAGUGAGUGUGAAUGUUAACUGUAGAAAAAUGACUAUAACUUGUAUUUUAAAUAAUUAAGUAAUUAAAGAUCCUAGUAAUUCUUUAAAUAUAUGUAUUUUUCUUUGGUUGA